CAGCAUCAGGCGCCUCCCGUGUAUCAUGGCGACACCGGAGGAGCAGAAGCUGCAAGUGUACAACGAAGCGCUGGUGCAUGCGUCUACGUGCCGCCUGCCCGAGUGUGUUGAGCACAAAGGGAGAUGCCAGAAGAUCCGGUCGUCGAUCCACCACUUCCUCAACUGCUACACGAAACGCCGGACAACGUCCCGCAUCGACGAGAUCGAGGAGUGCAUUCAUUGCGCCAAGAUCUUUCGUCUCCUGUGCUUCCACGCAUCCCACUGCAGUGGGUCGACAUGUGUCGUGCAUAUGUGCAACUACUUACGUCGGAAGAUCGAUAGCGCGCAACAAAAGUCGACAAGUGCAAGGCCGGUUAUUCGACAAGAUCCUGCCAGUGCUGCCAACGCGUGGCCAGUCGACCGACGCAUUGCGGAAGCAGAGAACAAUCGAGCUGUAGUAACAAACAUGAUCGCGCAGCUCGUGCGAGCGAAGCAAAGGAAUGGCGAAGAUAUCCACGGAAUAUACCAAAAAUACCUCUAGUGUUUCUCCAUUCACUUCAACAGUCGAGCACGGAAGGGUUCGUAUCGCAUGUGCCAAAGUAAACACGGUUCUUCGCGAUACAUGCCUGGAGCGGACACGAUGCAGCGCCUGUGCUCAUUGACACACGAAACCAUUCAUCCCACCAGGGUGCUUGUCAACGUCACAGAUGCCAAUUUAGAUUUUCAACAGCAUGCAUGACAAACGACAUAACCUGCAGAUCCCAAAGAGGUCAACAUAUCAUUAAUGACAAGACAAAUCAAUUGAACAACA